AUGAUCUUCUCAACGGGUCAGUGCAUCAUAUACCGGCAUCGUCAAAUCCUGCCGAUCGGUCAUUGGUUACGGGUUGAAUGGGCGACGAUCUCAAUAAUCUUCGCGUUUCACUACCUAUUUUACGACCUCGCCUUCGUGCAUACGCUCUCGUAUGGAAAGUGUGAGCUCAACGGGCCGGCUCUAAAGAACAAGAUUCUGGAGGAAUAUCCACAGUAUAUUUUCGUCAGAGAAUAUGACGACUUCUUCUUUGGAGACGCCUCCGGCUUCUAUCCUCUCACCGGACUUACGAUACAAAUUAAUGCGGCCGUCAUCGCCAUCCUUAUGGGCGUGGAAAGUCUGAUUUUUGGUGUCUUCUUCUUCUGGCAUGCUUUCUAUAUGCUGGACAGAAAUUUAUACUUGAGCCAACAGACGCGUCGACUGCAGUCGAAAAUGUUGAAGGGCUUAAUUUUUCAGCUAUUAAUUCCGUAUAUGACAUUGCUAUAUCCGGGCGCUUUCAUCAGCGGUGUGCAGGCGAUCGGCUCGGUGCUAUUUUUUCACAUGAUCUUCUCAACGGGUCAGUGCAUCAUCUAUCGACAUCGCCAGAUUCUUCCCAUCGGCCAUCCCUUACGCGUUGAAUGGUCGACGAUCACAUUCCUCUUCAUAAUCCACUAUCUCUUUUUCGACGUCUCCUUCGUGCACACACUUUUUAUGGCCCAGUGUGAGCUGAACGGGGCUGCACUGCGAGAGCAGAUUCUCGAGGAAUAUCCGCAGUACAGUUUCGUGCGGAACUACGACGACUUCUUCUUCGGAGCCGCGCCCGGAAUUUAUCCCCUCACCGGGCUCACGCUACGAAUGAAUGCGGCUCUGAUCGCCAUCCUGAUGGGCGUUGAAAGCCUUGUUUUUGGCGUCUUCUUCUUCUGGCACGCUUUCUGGAUGCUCGACAAAAACUUGUCCUUGAGUCCCCAGACUCGUCGCUUGCAGCUUAAAUUGCUGAAGGGGCUGCUUUUUCAGCUGCUAAUUCCCUACAUGACACUGCUUUACCCUGGCAUCUUCAUAAGUGGCGUGCAGAUCUUUCAGCUCAAUAUGGACCAAGGUCUGCUUUCGCGCAAUUUCUGCAAGUUUCCGACGUUAUCAUAUAUAAACUUUGCGUUCUGGUGCAAUAGCACCCAUGCCACCAUUUCGUCCAUUUCGAUACUGAUAUUCGCGGAGCCCUAUAAAAGAUAUUUAAUUCAGCUAAUCGUUAUGACUAGGAAACAGUUUACGAAAGCCAAAGUCAGCGUCUCGAUCGGACACGGACCAGUACCGCGAAUGAAGCCGCAAACUCCCAGA